AUGGCCACGUCGGACUGCUGCAUCAUCCGCUGGAACGCCAGCACGCCACACGGCGGAUCUGAGGAGAUUGAGAUCUCGAAGCGGCAGGAGGACACCAUCCACAAGCUCUUCCUGGACCCCACCGGCAACCACCUGCUGGCCUGCCUCCACGGGGGGGAGACGUACUACCUCCACUCGGCCACGACGAGGCCGAAGCGGCUGCUCAAGUGGUCAGGGGUGGUCGUAGAGGCCGUCGCCUUCGACUCGCAGCGGUGCACGGAGGGUUCGACGAAGGGCAUCGUUGUCGGCACGAGAUCGGGCGACCUGUACGAAUCCUCCCUCGAGAGCAACGGCAAGGAACGGCCCUUCGGCCUUGUCUUCAGCCUCAGCCGCCGACAAUCGAGGGGGGGUGACGGGUCCGACGGCGGCGGCGGUCCCGGCGGUCGCUCUCGGACCGACAGCAGCGGUCUCGGAGGAGGAGGAGGAGGAGGAGGCAGCGGGGGCGGGGCAGCGGGGGGGGCGGGGGGAAGAGUAGGGGGCGACGCCGUUUUCGUUGCGGCGCUGUACCUGGAGUCUAUGAGCUCGGCGGUGCACGGGGAGACGAGGGUCU